CCUUUCUUACAAAUGACAAACAACGUGCUUAGCUCUUGGAAUAUAAACUGAAUGUCUUGAAGGAAGAUCUAAGGGUUCUGAUAAUGACCUUGAUAGGUCUCGCGUUUCAGAUAAUUAGUUCGUUACUAUUGAUUUCACGGCCACGUCUCAUUGAUGCCUGCGGAUAUCCAGGAUCACCAUCUCAUUCUUCCGUUAUAUUUUCUGGUGAGGUCAUAGAACCUGGUAUUUUAGCGACAUACAAAUGUGAUCCCGGGUUCGAAUUGCUUGGACCAUCGCGUCGUCUAUGUGCCGAAAAUGGCACCUGGAUACCUUUGACAACACCUCUUUGUGUAUUUAAUGUUGCUAUUGGAAAAGCAUCCUUACAGUCUUCUGUUAUGGGAAAAGGAAACCCACAGAAAGCAUUAGAUGGUACAACGAGUUCCUUUUUCAAUCCCGACACUUGUACUUCAACCGAAAUUGAAAGAUCUCCUUGGUGGUAUGUCAAUUUACUAGAACCAUACCUGGUUCAACUUGUAAGAAUCGAUUUCGGAACUUCUUGCUGUCCCAAUAAUAAUCCUGCAACGAUAACUGUAAGAGUCGGAAAUAAUCGACCGGAUAUAAGUCCAAAUCCAGUUUGCAAAAGAUAUGUUGGUUUUCUUGAAGAAGGAAGACCGUUAUUUUUAUUAUGUAACUCAAAAAUGCCUGGUGCUUUUGUUAGUAUUCAUUUAGAAGGACCACCACGUCAUAAUCCUUUAUCUAUUUGUGAAGUAUUCGUCUAUACAGAUCAAGUUCUUCCAAUCGAACGGUGCCCUUCAUUUAGAGAGCAACCUCCUGGAAGUGGUGCAACUUAUAAUGGAAAAUGCUAUAUUUUCUAUUCUAAUCAACCAAAAACUUUCGAAAAUGCAAGAAGCUUCUGCGAAAACAGAGGAGGCACUUUAGUGGAUGAAUCUAAUCCAGCAUUACAAGGAUUUUUGAGUUGGGAAUUAUAUAGGAGGCAUAGAAAUGAUCCGAGUGGUCAAUAUUGGAUGGGUGCAAUUCGAAAUCCUAAUGAUCCUCAUACGUGGAAAUGGAUAAAUGGUCAAGAUGUUACUAUUUCAUAUUGGAGUCCUCCUAGAGCAAAUGAAAAUUGUUCCAGAUUCGAUGGAGGAAAACAAUGGCUUUGGUCGGAGACAAACUGUAAUUUAAAUCUCAAUUAUAUCUGUGUUCAUAAGCCAUUAUCUUGUGGGAAACCUGCUAUAUCUGCCAAUUCUAGUCUUCAAGUUGGUAAUUUUGAUAUUGGAUCGACCAUAGAAUAUCAAUGCUCAGCAGGUCAUAUACUAGUUGGACCUAUGGUAAGAACGUGUUUACCGACUGGAUUUUACACGGAAUUUCCACCGAAAUGCCGUUAUCUGGAAUGUGGUUAUCCUGCUUUUAUUCAGAAUGGCAAUUAUACACUUUUAAAUGGUACUACACAUUAUUUAAGCAUGGUUCAUUACUAUUGCAACAAGGGUUUUCAAUUAGUAGGGAGAGGAAAUCUUGUAUGUGACGUAGACGAAAAGUGGAAUGGGCCACCUCCAAUGUGUGAUCCCAUUAUAUGUAGACCUCCUCCUUCCAUCUUACGAGGACAUUUAAAUUUAACGUCACAGUCUACUGCUUAUGGAUCGCAAGUUGUAUAUGAAUGUGACGUUGGUUAUAAAUUGGUAGGCGAUUCUAUUUUGAUCUGUGGUGACAGUGGUGAUUGGGAAGGAAAAAUUCCAACAUGUUAUGCACACCCAAAGGGUAUGGAUGGAAAAAGAUCUCAAACAAAACGUCCUUCUCUGUUUUCUUCUCGUCUUAAUAUGGGAGGUAUUAUUGCUCUUGGUGUCUUUGGAGGUUUUGUUUUCUUAGCAGUAGCUAUUACAAUAAUUGUCAUCAUAGUCAGGAGGACCGGUAAUAAACGUCGUAGGUUUGGUGGUUCUACGGAUAAUACGACCAUUACGACUUAUGACAGUGGGGAUCCUACCAACGAAUUUGCAGGCCAUUCACCAUAUCGUCGAAGCUGGGAAGGAACGAGGCAUCCGGAACCCAACCAUUCGCGACAUUAUCAUCCACACAAUCAUCAUCAUCACAAAAGCGAAACGGGAGAAAGAUCUAAUUUUUCUCCCCCAUAUCGACAGGAUCCACCAUGCGAGAAUCGCAACGUACCAAGAGACAGAAGAUAUCCCCCUGAGAGAUACAGAGAACAACCAAGAGAAGACGAGCUAACUGAAGAAGUACCAAUUACAAGGCACGAAGGACACAGAAGAUCCGAUAGACCCAGAAGAUCAGAUGGUGUAAAGUGCAAUGGAAGACACGGAAGAGACGAAUGGCCCGAGAGAAAGGCAUCCGGCAGAAGAUGUAAACACGAAUAUUGAUUCCCGUAACGAUCCGGAAUUUCACUUUCCUCUAGGUUGUCCUCAGCACUGUUAAUAAUUGCACAAAAGCAAUUGCAAAAUAUA